GGGACAGGGUACUCUCCCCGUGUCCGAGAUCACCGUAAAAUAUCCCACUAGGCCCUCUUGUCCGAUUGAUCUAGGCUCUAGCUGUACAGCGGAGUUUUACCAAUCAACUAUUAAAACGAAAGAAACGAAGAUCUGCGCAACUCUCUCUCUCUCUCUCUCUCUGAGCGAGUUGCGUCAAAGCGCGUGGCGGAUCUCUCCGGGGGCUUCACCGUCACCUGCAAAGGCUGCGGAACUAGAGAAGCUUCUCCAUCUGUCGCAAAAUUCAGUAGGAAUUGUGAUGGCUAACCGACUGAAGGAGGAUGAACGAAAUGAACGAAUCAUACGAGGCCUGCUCAAACAUGCUGAGAAUCGGAGAUGUAUCAACUGUAACAGUCUGGGGCCUCAGUAUGUUUGCACAAAUUUCUGGACAUUUGUUUGCACAAACUGCAGUGGAAUACAUCGGGAGUUCACACAUCGAGUAAAAUCAGUAUCAAUGGCCAAAUUUACUUCGCAAGAAGUUACUGCCCUUCAAGAAGGGGGAAAUAAGCGUGCGAAGGAGAUCUAUUUUAAAGAAUGGGAUCCACAACGUCAUUCUGUUCCUGAUAGCAGUAACGUUGAGAGACUUCGCGACUUUAUUAAGCAUGUGUAUGUGGAUAGAAGAUUUACAGGCGAGAGGAGCCAUGACAAGUCUCCAAGGACAAAGAUGGGUGAGAAGGAAGAUGUUUAUGAAAACAGGAGAACAGAUGCAUAUCAAGGAGGGUCUCGAAGCCCACCAUAUGAAGAUACAUUUGAACGUCGUUACAGUGAAAGGUCUAGUCCUGGUGGAAGAAAUUAUGAUGAAAGAAGAAGUCCUGGAUAUGAUCAAGAAAGUAGGCAAUACGGUGAUUAUAGGAGAAGUCCCGUUCGCCCUGAGGUUGUCAAUGAUUGGCGUCGAGAGGAUAGAUUUGGAAAUGGGAGGAGACUCGAAGACCGUAGGGAAUCUGAUGGAGAUUCUAAGUGGGAAGGCAGAUCACCUGAUCAACCUAAAGAUCUAAAUUCAUCCAGUCCCCCUAUUGUGCGGCCUGUGAGAGAAAUUUUAGGAGAUAAUGUAUUACCUCUCCGCAUAAGUGAACCUCCAAAAGCCAAUGGUGGCAGGGCUGCCGAUGGCUCUGCACAUACACAGAGAACCGCAUCUUCCAGUAGCUUGGGAUCCAAUACUGGGAAUACAGCUGAAGUCAAAGUUGAAAAUGCUGGAAGCUUAAUUGAUUUUGAUGCUGAUCCUGAACCUCCAGUUGCUCCAGCAGUUCCACAAGUACAACAAACUUUGAUGACUCAACCCACUGCACAUCCAGCAACUUCUAACAACGAUAAUAAUUGGGCCUCUUUUGAUAUUGCACCUGUGGUGAAAGUCUCUCAGACCCCUUCAAAUGUGAAUACAUUGGAAUCUAUGUUAUCACAAUUAUCAGUUUCAGCAUCUGUGCCUAGUCAUGCUUUUGGAACUCCCGGUGGUGCUGGUUCUCUGACAACUGCACACACUGGCAACAUGACAAUGUCACCUCUCAGUGGUGAUUUAGUUGCUGCACCUGUAGGGAAUACACCUGUGUUGCCCUUUAGUGCCAGUGCUCCUGUUGCUGUAUCGGUUUUGUCGAUGUUUCCCCCUGGUGGUGUACCAGCAAAUUCCCCUGGAUUGACACCAGUCAAUGGUGGUAACCCUGUUGUCACAGUUCCAGGUUCUGGGCAAGGGCCUAAUAUGCAGCAUCAACAGGCUUCUUUCUUCCCUGCUACCGGUAGUCAGUCUACUGCUCAGCAAUAUAUGCCAUCAGUUGAUGUAGCUUCGAGCAAUCAGUGGAAUCUAUCACUUACCAGUAGUGCACAAGGCCCUUCAAGUACUCCAGCUGCUCAAGUACCACAAGUUGUCUCAAAUCUGGCACAUUUGCCCACUUCUGGUGAUGUGUCUCAACCUUCUGUUUUGGAAGUAAAAUCCAAUGCAAGAAAAGAACUGCCUGCGGAUCUUUUCGCUGCAACCUAUUCAUCCUUCCCUGCAUCAGUUCCAGCAUGGCAAACUGGUCGACCCCCUGGUAUGGGGUUCAAUAUGCACUAUACCAUGUCGGUGCCCACUUUUCAACAGUCAAAAUCUACAAACCCGUUUGACUUCAACAGUGAACCACCUCCAGUUCAAGCCCCAACGUUUCCCUCCAUGGCGUCCUUGCAAGGUGCUCUGCCAAAUGUCCCACCUGCAUCUGGUUUCAUGCGGAAUUCCAGCUAUGGUACUCCUUCAGCAUGGUUGCCUCCACAGGCAUCUCUGUACACAUCAAUGUUGCCUCCGCAGGCACCAUCUUACACAUCAGCAAUACCUCCAAGGGCAUACAUGGGUCAACAAGUAGCUAGUAACAUGCCACCUCCAAGGCAUCAAGGAGUAGGGGGUUUUGGCAAUGAUGGGGCUGCUUUUGGCUCUUUAAAUAUGGAUCCGCAGCAGGCGUUAAGAUACUCUGCUCCCGCUACCCCAAAUUCCUUCUCGGCUGUUGGUGGAAACCCAUUUGGAUGAGGAUGUGAAAAAGAAAGCUUAUCCAACGCCAUUUAGUUCAAUCAUCAUCUUAUUGCUCCCUGUCAAGUUGCCGGGUGGAAAGUUUUGGUUUCUAUAUUGUGGUAGUUUUUUUGUGAAGAUAGCCAGCCAAAGAAGAGAUUUGUUGUGUCCCCCCUGCAUAAAAGUCAUAUAUUCAAAUUGGCCGCGUAGGAUUUGUUCGAAUGCUGUAGGGUGAGGGAGGGAGGUGCAGAAGGCUACCGCCCCAUGGAGGCACGGGGUAUAUAUUUUGCGUGGCCAUGGUGCUAAUUGGUAUUUGUGAUGAUCCAUUGCACAAUACGUGUGUUUGUUUGAUGCACUUAGAAGAAUCUGUAUAAUUAAUUCUAUCAUCCGAGUCUUUGUAUUGUUGUGUGAUUUCGCAAUCUCUUUCAUUUGUGGUCAGCUGUCCGCGUCUGUGAAAUUAUAUGAAAGAAUAAAUACAGUGAUGGCAUGGUAUAUUAGUUUGUAUUAUAUUAUUAUCAAAUAGUGAGAUGUUUUUCUUCCGGUGACAGUUGGUUUUCUUGCC